UUCCAGUGCACAUUGUGCCCCAAGAAAUUUACUCGCGCAUACAACCUGCGCUCUCAUCUUCGUACUCAUACGGAUGAGAAGCCUUUUGUCUGCGCAGUCUGCGGAAAGGCCUUCGCUCGCCAGCAUGAGCGUAAGCGACAUGAGGACACUUUUCAC